ACUUCACCCAAACCGAGAUCCACCCCCGGACCCCCCUGCUCGAAGCAGCAGCAGACCAAGUUAUCUGCGAAGUCCCCCAAAACGAAGAGAAGACGAACGAAGCCAGAGAGUGCAGCGAUCGUAGUUGGAAAGGGAAGACACUAGGAUAGAGGGAGGCCUUUGGGAUGGCUCGCAAGAAGGGAGGAGACGAGCCCGCGAGAGAGAGCUCGAUGCCUGCUCCCUCUCUAAGCGAUGCGUUGCUCUUCACCACCUUAUGCAUUGUUGGCCUCCCCGUCGACGUCCUCGUAAAGGACGGCUCCGUCUAUUCCGGCGUCUUCCACACCGCCUGCCUCCAGGACGGCUACGGUGUUGUAUUGAAGAAAGCAAGGAGGAUAGGAAAAGGGAAGUGCGAUGCGAGUUUACCAACAGGAGCUGUUAUAGAUACUCUUAUUCUGCUGUCUGCUGACCUUGCUGAAAUUGUUGUCAAGGAUUUUCUACUGCCCGCAGAAGGAAUUGUUGGUAGUGCUAUUGAUGAUGGUGUGGAGGUGGCUGCUAGGGACAUCGUGUCCCAAGCUUGUGCUGGGGAGCUGGAAGGGGGCGCAGACAUAAUCAGAUCUGACAGUGUUACUUCCAUUGGGAAGAUGGACCAGAUUGAAGGAAAGGAAUUUCUUUCUAGUUCAAAAACUGAGGAUGCAAAAGAAGUCACAGAAGUUCUAGCGAAGCCUUUGGAAAGAGAUGGAAGUCAAGAAAAUAUAUGCCUGGUGAAGUCACAGGUUGAAGAACCAUAUCUUAUGCCGAUUGUUUCCAUCCAUGACAGACAGGUCAUGGCAUGCAGAGGACAAGGGAAAGGGGAUUGUAAUCAUAUUGAUGAGAUGGUGCAUGAAGGGCAUUGUCUGAGUCCUAGUUAUGGAGUGGGAUGUGAUAGUCUUGCUACCGUGCCUGCCUGGAAGGGAGUCAUUGAGAGUGAAAGUCCUGCUCGUACAAUUUCUCCAUCAUCAUAUGCUAACUCUUCGGCUAUUUCCACCUCCUCCACUUCAGUUUUAUAUAAUAAAGCCUCUUCAUACCUCAGUCAAUCAGAGUCUACCAUUUUGUCGGCACCUAAAAAGAGUACACUAGGCACUAUUAGUGCUAAGGAGUCCAAGCUCAAUCCAAGUGCAGAAGUUUUUUCACCAUCAUUUGCAAAUUCUAGAUCGGCGUCCACAACCGGGACACCUGUUAUAUGCCCCGUCUAUAUGCCGACCAGCCUUCCUGCUAUGCCUAUUGCUGGUGUACAAUCUGGAAUUGGAAUUAGCCCUUCUGCAAGUCAUUCAUCUAGGCCCAGUAAAUUUGUCCCUUACAACAGCCUAGUUGCUGGGCACACUGGAAUUGGUGCUCAAUAUCCUCGACCUGUUAUGGGGCAUGCCAGUGCCAGGCAACAACCUGCUAGAUUUGGCGCUCAAAAUCAUCCUGUUCAGACAGGACCUCCAUAUGUAAAUCCAAAUCCUCAAACGGUAAUGGUUGGACAGAUGGGUCAGCUUGUGUAUGUUAAUCCGAUUACUCAGGAUCCAAUUCAAGGACCACAGGUUAUCUCACAAGGAUUCUCACACUCUUUGUUAACUCCAUAUCAAGCAAAUAUGCCUAAGCUUCAAGGUACUGCAGCCCCGCCAUUGCAGCUAUGUAUGGCUCCACCCCUCAUAGCUGGCAGUAACCAACCUUUGAUGGUUCCGAGCAACAUUCCCACCACACAGCCCUUCCCCGCCAUCCGGCCCAUUAUGGUCCCAAGUGGAAAUGGCAUCUUCACCAGCAGGUUCCAGUAAAUUUGCAGCCAAAGGUCUCAAUUUUGACAAGAGGACCAUACAGUUUGUGUUAGAUUUACAUUGCCACCUUAUCAACUAUACAUACACUGGUUGCUAAAUGGAGAAGGGGAAGAUAGAUGUGGGAUAAAUUGGUUAAACCUACCCUUGGGAUUGUCAGAGUAAGAAACAAAAGUUCUGAACGCUUGAAGAUAGAUCUGGACAGCAUCAAUGGGGAGGGGCUACUGUUCAACUGCCUAGCCAUGUCCAGAAUUUUUUGGCUUAAAUGUGUUGAUGCUGCAAUUUUGCAGCUCUAUCAGGCAGAUGACAAGUCUUCAUGCAUAGUUCUUGUAUUAUCAUAAUCUUGAACAUAAGAUCUUCUUUGUUAAAUGUUCACUUUAAGUAUAGAUGGAUGAUGGUGAUAGGAAAGGUAGCAUGAAGAUAAUCACAUCCCAAGCUAGAGAUUACAUAUUAUUUAUUAAUUAGAUUAUUUGUUUUGGUAA